AGUCUAAAAAAAAAGGUGUAAUUGAAAAUUGAUGCCAUCGUCAACUGCGGCGAAAGCCUGGGGUGCGGAAGACCAGAAGAGAAAGGAGGGAGAUAAGCUUUGGGUGAAUCGUUGGCAACUUUAGCAGCUAAUGCGAAAUGGGACUGAGCAAGAGAGACAAGAAAAGCAGCUCCACUGCAACAUCGCCUUGUGCCCAUCUCCGAGCUGCUUACCACAAUUGCUUUAACAGGUGGUACUCCGAGAAAUUUGUGAAGGGUCAGUGGGAUAAAGAGGAAUGUAUUUCUGAGUGGCAAAAAUAUAGAGCUUGUCUCUCUGAACAUUUGGAUGACAAGCAUCUAAGUCGCUUCUUGGAAGCUGAAGGUCCUGUUGGAUAUGUUUUUCAAGAGGACAGUGGAAACCCAGUGGAGAAUACUGCUAAAUAGUGGCAAAGAGUUGAAGCUAACUCAAUUGAACAUUUUCAUUAUUUUGUCUAUUGUGAUUCCUUUUAAUUGCAUUAUUUGAAAUUUGAUAAACUUAUGUUCAAAGAAACAUUGUGAUUUAUACAGCUGAUGCUAGAGGAGGUUAGAGAAAUAUUAUGGAUAGGUGGUUGUUACUUGUUAAGAUCUCAGGGAGGAACUGAAUUAUAAGUUAUUUAAUGGAACAUAGACAUAAUCCGAAUAGAGUCAUUAGAUAAAGUAGAUGUAACAUUGUUGGUGAUGCCUGUCUCAGACAAAUUGUGGAAAGCACUCCUAAUAGCACCUUGAUUCAGGUUGUUGAUAGUGAUCUGAGACAGGAAAUUUAAUCAGAAACUGCUACUGGUUUCAAUUGGCUGCCACCUAAAACUGACACAUUUUGUUUGAGUGCACGAUGUAUUACCUAUUAUGUGUAUAUCAUGGGAAGCUUUACAAAUUGUGCUCUGGUCAUUGAACCAAUUUGUCCUUGUUUAGUCUCACAACCUCAGACAGACUACAUAUAAGUAGCAGUAACACCAUUGCUUCUUCUCUACUAUCUUCUAAGUUGAGCAUGACCCCAUGCUACAUCAUAUUUUUCUGAUUUUGCUGGAUUUUGAUUCUACAUUGUUUGGACAAGCUCUUGAUUUUCUUUCACCCCUCCGAAAUUUGUGCAUUGUGUCAGUUAAAGAGGACAGAAAAGUCUUCCAGUCAUCAUCUCAUGUUCAACACAUAUAUCAUGAGAUGUUGAUUUAAGUGAUGUCUACUUCUGAAGGAAGAAGCAUUGUCAGGAAACUUUGUUUUGGACUAUGAUUUCUAUUUUCCAUCUUGCAUUCCUUUUAUGCUGCAGUUUUUAUGUGGAUCACCUUUAAGAAAAUCACAACAUCUAGCUGAGUGGUGAGUACCUGACGUAUUAUCAAUUAUGAGAUGUAAUGAAAUGUUGUAUCUGCUAGAGGUUUUUAUUUACUGCAUGAUAAGCUUUCUUCUCUCUGUUAAUGGUUAUUUCCUUUUAUUGACUAAGGUAAUUUUGGUUGUUUCUUCAGGCAAUCAACAUAUACCAUUUGUUAAAGCUGGUUGCAAGUAACAACCAUCCUCAGUUGCAGAUAUUAAUGAUACAGCUACUCGCAUGAAACUAGUUAGUUUUUGCUUAAAUUGCCCUGAGGAGUAUUUUAGUUGUUUCAUUUUAUAGUGAGGAUUUUGGUAGAUAAGAACUUGAUAGAGAAGGUGAAAAAAUCAAGCCCAGUGUCGAAGUACUUGUUAAGAUAGUUGAAUUUGUUAUCUUUCAAAAAAAAAGAUAGUUGAAUUUGUUGGUUCUGAUGCAGAAAAACUCAAUUGGUAUUGAUUGUGACAAGGAAAUUCAUUUGAUAAUUUUAAUUGACCAAUAUGAAUUUUGAUGCAGA